UUUGGGUUGGAAUCGUAUAAGCAGUGUAGAAAAGGAAGCUUUAUUGGACUGGGAAGCUUAGACCAACUUGAUUUGUCUCAGAAUCGUAUAACCAAUAUAGAAAAAGAAGUCUUUAUUGAACUUACAACCUUACAAACACUUGAUUUGUCUUUGAAUGACAUAACCAGUAUACAGAAAGAAGCAUUUGUUGGAUUGACAAGCUUACAAAAACUGUAUUUGUACCACAAUAAAAUAACUAGUAUAGAGAAAGAAGCAUUUGUCGGAUUGGAAAGCUUACAAAAAUUGUAUUUGUAUAAGAAUAAAAUAACCACUAUAGAGAAAGAAGCAUUUGUUGGAUUGGCAAGCUUACAUAAACUGUAUUUGUAUAAGAAUAAAAUAAACACUUUAGAGAAAGAAGCAUUUGUUGGAUUAACCAGUUUGCAAAACCUGUUGAUAUUAAGUAAUCCUUUUCACUGCAAUUGCCAUCUGGAAGAUUUCGUGGAUUUCUUGCAAGGAAUUCUGACAUAUGAUUAUCAGAUAUUAUACUAUAAAGAACCACAAUGUACCUCUCCUAGCUAUCUCAGUGGUACAAAGUUAGUUGACGUCUCAUUUGAAGACAUAAACUGCACGGACUCCGGUAGGCUAUUUUGUCUAUCAUGUAAAUGCUUUUAUCAAAACUGAUUCACAAAAGGUAUCAUGAAUAUCACGAUCGUUUAUUUAAUGCGUGCUACAUGUACAUAUACGUACAAAAAUUAAUCAUUUAUGGUCCUCGUGUUACAACUUUGGUCUAUAACAUCAUUAAAUAAUAUUAUUAUCUCUCUUUGAAUACAUAUCAAGACGAUUAUUGUAAACUAAACCGAGGGUCUCUACAGCCCAGUAGCUAAGUACUUCGUUACUAGCUUGAAAAUACGGAUGUAUAUUUAAUUGUUGUUACAAAAUUUAGAAAUUCAUUUCAAAAUUAAGGAUUAUCUCCCUCAUGCAUAGCUCUUAUUCUUGGACGAAUUUGGCUCCAAUUUUUUGGCACGCUGUUUUUGGCUAUAUUUAGCUCUAAAACUUCAUAGUUAUUUCGGAUUUCAAAUAUUUCGGUUGAGCAUCACUGAAGAGACAUUAUUUGUCGAAAUGCGCAUCUGGU